AUGAAUUUUACUAGCGAAUAAAACAAGAAAUUAAUUUAAUAGCUAUAAACUCUGAGCAUGCAUUUCGAUCAGAAAAUAACCAUAGAGUAAAGAUAAAUUAUUACUCUAGGGUUUCGAAAAAACAAUGCCAAAUUGCAAUUGAGAGAUUGAUUACUUUUAAUAGCUGA